AUGGCUUGUCAUUCAUGCGGCCGGCGUCGAUUGAAGAUUAGCAAUUGGGACACUAUGUCGAAGUUCAAGAGGAGGAGAACAGCGUCGGUUUACUGCUUGUGGCUCGUCGUUCAGGUGGAUUUUUUCGAUGAAGAAGCUCGUCGUUCAUGCGGCUGGUGUCGAUUGAAUGGUUCAGGGAGAGAGAAUGUGAGAAGAAGGCUUUGGGGAAGAAAUUUUAGGGCUGGUUGGGGAGAGAGAAUGUGA